AUGACGGACUCGCCUUAUAUGCUCUCCGAAGCAGCUAGCCGCCUUCGCCUCGGCAUCCCAUGUGUCCUUGCCGACGAAAGCCCUUGCCUUGGUGGCUCACACCGCAUCUUCAAGAUUGUCUUUGAAGACUCCAUACAAUGGGCUGCGCGGGUCAGUGACGAUUCCAAUAAUUGGAGAAACGAACUUCGAGCUGUCAGACAGUUUCGACACAUCAAAAAGCACCGUCCGACGAUCAAAGCGCCUGACCUCUUCGUUGAAGAAGAGUACCCCGUGGUAUAUUCGGAGUGGGUCAGUGGCAAGCCUCUUGCCAUCUGGAAUUCCCAAAUCCCUCUCCUUAAACGCCAGAGGCUUUUGGAUGACUUGGCGGAAUUCUUAUUGACACUAUGGACUACCCCUGUUCCUUCCGCCCUUGCUCAGGGGAAAAGUUGCUUGUACUCCGCAUGGCUUACUGAAAGUUUGGAUCGAGGACUUCGGCGGACCCUCAAGGGUACUGCGAGAUGGGGAAAUGCUAUCAACUACCUGAUUAUGCGGUCCAUGAUCCCGGAUUAUGCCGCCGAGUAUGAUCAAUACUCUGGCCUCGGGUUUACCCACGGAGACCUGAAUGCCCAUAAUAUCAUGAAAAGCGACCAAUUCCACUUGACAGGGGUCAUUGACUGGGAUUGGAUGUCUGUGGCGCCGCUGCCAGCCAUUAUUCAUCACCCCUGGUUCAUAGCCGAUAUUCGUGGAUGGAAUAACGACGGUAUAUCGGAGAGCGAAAGCUUCGAAGUCGAUCGUCGUUAUCUCGAGAAUUCAAUCAGGGGAAAAGAGACGUCGCAAGACCUGCCUCUUACUGUAUCGACGUUGUUGAGUGACUCCGGCAGGCGACUCUUUUUCCAAUCCGCAUUUCACUUCAAAGGUAUCCAUGAGGAGUUUGUGAGGAUGCACUGCCCUUGGACAGAGGAAAAUAUCGGGGCUGCAAUGCCACAACUAGACGCCGUGCUUCGCUUGUACCCUGAUUUGGCAGGUGAAGAGGGAGUACGGGAAGUCAAAGAGCUGCUCCGGCUCAGCGGCGAGCAGCAAGGGCAGGAAGUGUAG